AUGCCUGCCAAAGCCACCAGAUUCGUUUUCUCGGAUGCCCAGAUGGCGCGCAUCAAGGAAUACAUACCUGCAUUCAGAGCCAAGGUUGCGGAGCUUGAUCCUGAAUGGCGCGGUCACUGCAAGCAGCUAUCAGACUGGAAAGCCAAAACUGUCAACUCUCUACUCGCCGAGGAGAUUUUUGCGGGCAAGUUAUCCGAGACCGAGACUCUCAAACAGUGGUCAUCGGCCAUAGUACGUGUGUGGACAAAUCACUUCAACUACGACAUAAAGGUCAAGCAAGGGAAAAAGGGUUUACAAAAAACUCCUACUAUAUCCACGGCCAAGACUCCUUUUCUCCAACUCUCUUCAAAUGCCACCCCUCGAGACCACUUUGUUGUCGAAAACAACGAUAGAAUUGUGGCGUUAUACCGCCAAAUCAGUCAGGAACGGGGAAUACCUGGAGGAGCUGCUCGUCAAAUUGCAAUUCAACAACUGUGGUCGAAAGAAGAUCACAAGGCUUGGGAGGAAAAAGUUAGACAUAUGAGGGAUGAUAUUGAUGCCAAUCGAGCAGAGUUUGACAGUGUGGCUCAGGAAGCCCUCGAAGGACUGCUCACCGGCGGACAGCUCGGCUCAUGUGUAUUAUCCCUAUCAUAUGCAUUUCGCAAAGGCGGCAACAUUUUUGGAGGCAAAGUCAGCGCGGCAUUCGACAGCAACGAAGGAGCUUUGAUAGACGAUGGCAAAUUUGAGUAUGAUACAGCUUCACUGGAACGCUGGAACAAUCAUGCCAAGUCAGUUCUUCCUCACUAUACUCAAGAUGGCGAUGCGACCAUCCCCUGGGAUGCGAUUUAUUCCAACCCUGAUAUGUACUACGACACAGAGACAUUCAAUUUACCAAUAGGCGCCUUAAAGUCCCCGCAAGUGCUAGAACCCGACGAAAUUCUGGCUCUAACCAAAUAUCUGCGUUUGCUACCUGAUGCCACGCCGUUCAAAUUUUAUUCGAAAGACCGCAUAGCGCAGCAUCAGCGCCAAGCAGAGUUACAGAAAUUGCAACCUUCUCCAAGUUCUCACUCGCCCUCUUACGAUGAUGCAUCACCUUCGGGGACUUUAUCUUCACCAUCAAGAUUGACUAACGUUGCCCAUUUUUUGACACCACCUGCGAAGACUCCAUCUCGCCCUUCACUUUUGCCACCUACCUCUGACCAGGCUGCUAGUUUUUCAACACCACCUCCGAAAACACCACCUCGUGCAUCGCUUUCUUCACUAUCGCCCAUGACUCCUCUUCCGUCAUGCUCUCCUCCAAUGCAACACACAGAUGUGUCCUCUAAUGUUCCUCAAACUGUCAUUGGACCAUCGGCGGCAGGCUCUCCGGCCUCCAAGGAGGGCCACUCUGCAAAACAGGGUGCCGGUGAUGAUAUUACCACCACAGCUGCAAGCACUGCCACUAUCAAACCGAAGAAGAAGCCCAAAAAGAGAGUUAGGACGGAGGGACCACCUGUAGCUGUACGACGUACGGGCCGCCCGCGCACGCAAGCUGCAUUGGGACCUGCGCUUGUCACAGAUCCUUCUCUUCCACCACCCAAAAAGCGCAAGCUUAGGGACACUUGGUAUAUGGAGCCAGUUUCUGAGUUUCAUCGCUUUGGACAACUGUCACUCCGCCAAAGAGGAUUCGAUACCAAUGCCAUUCGGGUUCCGACCCAAACGCUUCCUGAUGAUGUGGCGAGUGCUUUUGAUAAUUAUUACGAGCGGUCCUGGCAUGAAGGUGCAAAAUUCAGCCAUCGCAAGAACGAUGUCAACGGCAGGCCUCGGAGACCCGCGAAAGAGUCGAAUUUCUAUCGCGUCACUGUCAAUGAUUCAGCUAUAAAUCAAACCGAAGCAUUUUUUGUCCCAGCACCUGCAUACAGGCCUAGUGUCAUCAAUCCUUUCACCCGCGGCUCUAGACGAUCACUGGCCUUUUUAGAUCAUCCCGACAAGUCAGAGAGAAAAAUGUGCUUCAUGAAGGAUUCGUGGCAGGAGGAUUCGGCGCGGACAGCGCCUGAAGCUGAUAUAUAUCGAAGGCUUCACGAACACGGAGUUCCGAAUAUUGCGUCCAUGCGCCUUGGCAAUGAUGUUGAUGAUUUGAAGACUGAGACGCAGGAAUGGUGGGGCAGUCUCAACCAUAGUGGACGAUUCAAGCGUUUUGGAUUUGGAUUUAUGGUUUGCCAUCGUCUUGUGCUCAAUACCGUUGCUCGAGAUUUGUCGACGUUCACUUGGUGCAAGGUUCUCCUUUCAUGUCUUGCGGAUGUUGUUGAUGCCGCUCAAGCAGCCUUCAAGGCAGGCAUUUUACACAGAGACAUUAGCGCGAGUAAUAUUAUGAUCGUGAUGGAUAAGGAGACAAAGGAAUGGAGAGGAGUUCUCAUUGACUGGGAUAUGUGUUUGCUCCUCGAGAAGCGUGAAAAGCAUUUGCAAAAGACAGGUACUUGGGGUUUUAUUUCUGCGAGGAUUUUGCAGGCGCGUUCGUCUCAGCCCGUCGUCAUGCAUUCCCUAGGGGAUGAUAUGGAGUCCAUCUUUUGGGUUCUCGUAUACCAAGUCCUCCGGUAUACUCGUCACGACCAUGGCCCUGAGCAACUUCACAAACAGAUGGACUCGCUCUUUAAUGAUAUGACCAUCACCGAAAACAAAGAGGUUAUUGGAGGAUCCCAAAAAAUUUGCACCAUCAUGGCCUGUUCCAUACAUAGAGUCGACAUUGCGCUGGGCAAAUUCAAUAUAUCUCGCUUGCACGAUGUCUUCGCCACUAUUGGUCAAGAGUUUCAUCCUCGCUACUACGAACCUCCCAAAAAGGGCGGAUUACGCGAACGCUUGAAAAUCGAGCGGCGCCCUGCUCCUGUUUCGACGGUUGAUUGGGAUAGCCCGGACGACAAGUGGUUUUCGACUUUUCUACGACGUGAAGCUGAAGGCAUGCAGCCACUUGGUAUAACGCCUACCGCAUUGGAGUCACCGAACAAUGACUCCAAGCCACCAGUCUACCCCGCGUUAUGGAAGCGUGCUAGGAUCAGUCGGUAUCCACCGGAUUUCUUCGAAAUGCCACAGUGCUCAGCGAAAGAUGUGUACAACUUUUCCAAGAAAGAUAAGAACGAAAAGGCAAAUAACAAAGUUGUUACUAGCUCUCGACUGAACUAUAUGGAUGGACUCUCCGCCAGUGCGAGUAAGCGCCCUCUCAAAGUUGAUGAAAAAGAGGCAGAAGAAGAUGGAGGACGUGAGAGGGAUGCCAGUGCUGCGCAACCUAAAGCUAAGAGGCAAUGUUUGGUGUGA